CUCACAGUCCAACACCCCAUACCGAAAAUGUCCUACGCAGUCGAGACGAAAAAGCGCAAAUUUCACCGAGUCCUCGAAUCCCUGACCAAAUCCUCAACCCCCGACUCCAGAUCAGCCUCCCCCGAAGCAUCAUCAGCACGAGACCCAUCGAACAAGAAAGCCCGACUGGACACAAACAACUUCUCGAGUGUCCGGAGCUCCCUACUCAAGGUCGCACGUCCCAGCUCUCGAGACUCAUCCGUAUCGUCGACUUCGCGACCAAGCUUCGUUCCGUGGGAUCGCGAGCGCUUUCUGGAGCGAUUGGAAACCUUCCGUCGCGUCGACCGAUGGGCACCGAAACCGUCUGCGAUCAGUGAGGUGGAAUGGGCGAAGCGCGGCUGGAUAUGUACGGAUGUGGCCCGAGUAACGUGUGUUGGAAGCUGCGGUGGCUCGGUCGUUGUCAAGCUCCCGGACGAGCUGGAUGAAUUGGAUGGAUACGAUGGCGAGAAGGUGCAGGAGCGGAAGGAAGUUCGGGCCAAACUCGUGGAUGAAUACGCAGGAUUAAUGAUCAAGGGACAUGGAGAGACGUGCCCGUGGAGGAACAAGGGCUGUGAUGCUACCAUCCAUCGGUUACCCCUGGCCAAUCCCGAAGUGGCGAUUUCUGGCCUGCAAAAGCGCUACGCGAAUCUCGUCAAGAUGGCCGAUCAAUUGCCGGCACAAGAAGUCAUUCAAGCGCCCGAGUCGUUCGACCUAGAGACACUUGUCGGAAUCUUUCCAGCGGAAUUCAAAGGGUCCGAAGAGGAACCGCGAACGGAAAGCGUUGAGACGCCCACUCCAGAGGGUGUUGAUGAAAAUACGGAUAGCACACAGAAAACUGCGCCUGAGCCAUCCAUUUCCAAAAACGCUUUCAUGCUGGCCUUUUUCGGCUGGGAUUGUGUCCCAGAUGGAACGGCCGGUCUGGCUGGCUGCAGUGUGUGCUUCCGACGUCUGGGUCUGUGGAUGUACAAGCCAAAGAGCAACGGGGAUGCCGCUCUGUACGACUCGCUGGACGUGAUCAACGAACACAUGGAAUACUGUCCUUGGGUGAACGGAAAGGCUCAAAGCGGCACAGGCCGGGCAUCUGAGAAAUCAGAAGGUCUGCGUUGUGGAUGGGAGCUACUAGGCCAGGCGCUCGAUGUGCGUCAUCGUCGACUGAUUCGAUCGACGACUUCGGUCAGUCGAUCUGUCUCGGAGGUGCCAUCCACGGAUGAGCCGGUGGUAGACGAUACCAACCCAGAGGCCAAAAAGGCUAGUGAUCGAGAAUGGUGGGCCAAGCUACGCCGGAUGAGACAGGUUUUGAAUGUCAAUUCACCUCGAAAGAAGCCGACCGCCAAGUGAUACCCUGCAUUUCUGCAUCCGAUACUGUCCUCUAUUUGGGUUAAUUUCCGGCAGCGUGGCGUUAGGCAUUCUUCAUAGAUAACUCAUCAUGUCCAUAUAUUCUUUAUUUUCAGCAAGCCUGUGUAUCGGCGUCGAUUAAACAGCUUCAAUUGAAUUCAUUCUCAG